AGUGACCUCCCUUAAAUAUUAUUAUCAGAACGAAAACAGUGACUUUUCACUGGAAGAUAUGGAAAAUCAGUAUUUUUGUCGACCUAUGGUGUGAAUUGUUAUCCACAGUGACUGCACAGUCCGUACAAAACAGAAUCGGGUUCGCUAAUGUGUUGUCGACAUUCAACACGCGAGGUCGGCCCGAUCGGGAAUGGCAUGUUUUCCACCAGCAUGACAACUACCGGUGUUGAUGUUAGCCAAUCAGAGCCAGAGUGGACACUUCACCUGUUCAGAUAUAACACAAGAAUAAAGUUUAAGAGACAAUCAAAAAGGAAGAAAUGCACCUCUGUAAUUGCUCAAAGUGUUACCAUGGUUACAACGGAAUGAACAAUUACACGGAAACUGAGAGGUAACACGUAAUGUAUUUAAUUUGCUUCAACCCAAGCUGCAUCGCCAAGGUUCAGUGGAUGCUAUGACAUCACUGAAGUACCUGUCUGUGUGAGGCUGGGAGCACCAUCAUGAACAGCGCUGAGGCAGCAAUCACCUUCCUCCUCAACGCCCAGUCGGGGGACAUGGAGGGUGUCUGUCGGUACCUGGAUGCUGGCGGGGAUCCCAACUUCACUGCACCACCGAGAAACAUGACUGCAUUGUUGAUGGCAGUGAAAGAAGGCCACACCGAGAUCGUAAAAGAGUUGCUGAAGCGAGGAGCAGACAUCAACUGUAGAUCACAGCGAGGUGUGUCGUGUGUCCACACCGUGGCGAUGGUCGGGGAUGAGAAGAUGCUAGACCUGCUGCUUGAGUAUGGACUGAAGAUCGACUCUGUGAUGUCCAUGUUGCAUAUGAAGUACACUCCCCUGUACCUGGCAGCCCAGCAGAACCACCACAAGGUGAUUGAGAAGCUGCUGCUGCACGGAGCGGACCCUCUCUGGGAGAUGGAGGUCCCCAUAGACGAUGCAUCACCAUGUCUGGCACAGUGUAGGAUGAAGGCAUCUGACGUAGCAAUGGUGUUGGGCAACGCAGAGGCUCUCAGUGUGUUCAUCUUGUGGUGUCAUCGUCUAGGCCCCUUCACGCACGACAAGGUGGACAGGCUGCCGAACCACACGCCCAGUACGGCCGCCACGCUCCGAUGUAGCAUCAUGGACAAGCUGGAGAACCUGGCCACGAUGGCGCAGAAGAAAGAAAUGGACAGCUUCACUGAGUUGCCAGAUUUACCUCUCAAAGACUUCAUCAAGGCUGCAGAGGCUGGCAAAACGGACAGGAUGACAUCCUUCUCCAGCUGUCAAGAUGUCAACGCUACUACGCCAGGGGGUCUGUCAGCACUGCACAUGGCUUGUCUCCGUGGAAAUAUGAACAGCGUCAACUUCCUCCUCACCCACGGCGCUCGCGUCAACCUCAAGACAGAGGCAGGUUUCACCCCCUUGUAUUUCGCUGCCCAGGAGGGCUAUGAUGACAUUGUCAAGCUGCUGCUGAAGGCCGGCGCAGAUCCAUGUCUGUCAGUGAAGUGUGGGAUGACUCCCCUUGGCAUUGCGCUGAGCAUGGAACACAGCAUCGUUGUAGCAACCAUCUUGUCCCUGUGCCCGGCAGCGCCUCCUUUAGCCAGCAUCGACAGUGACUACCUGGAUGCCAAGCCAGACGAGAUGCUGCUGCGGGCGGCCUACAGUGGGGACUUGGAUCAAGUGAAGAUGUGCAUCGAUGAGCUGGGCUUCGACCCCAACAAAGUCACCAGUAUUCAAGGAGCCAAGGCUAUUCACCUUGUGUGCAUGAGAGGACACACGGCCAUCUUAAACGAACUGCUCAGUCGGAAUGCCAGCAUUCACUACAAGUCAAAGCGUGGCAUUGACCCAGUGCACUGUGCAGCGAGGCACGGCCAUGUUGAUAUCCUCGGGAUUCUGUUGAAUCAUGGCGCCUACGUCAACAACCAGACCGAGGAUGGCAUGACUCCGCUGUACAUCGCCUGUCUGGAGAACCAGGCAGCGUUCAUUGAAACGUUGCUCCUUCAUGGAGCAGACCCAGACAUAGCUGCCAAAGGCGACUUCAUCUGUGCCGAUGUUGCUGUGCAGGAGCGGUGCGUGGCCGCCCUCAACACACUGCUGAUGUGGUGUAACAGACUCGGACCCUUCACACCGUCAGCACAGAAAAUGAAUUAUGUGGAAGAGUCUGCAGAGAAGGUCCAGUCGAAGAUAUUGACUGCUAUUGGUGAGGUGUCCCUUUCGCAACAGAUCGAGGAGUUUGACAGCAUCAGAAGGCUGAGCUCAGAUGGCAACAGGCUCGUCCUGGAGGAGGCUCGCAAGGGCAACACUGACUUCCUCCACACACAGCUCUUGCAGCUCAACACUGCCAUACCAGCUGCAAGGCAGCUGACCCCACUGCACUGUGCCAGCUUCGGAGGUCACACGGACACGGUCCACUUCCUGGUCCAUGCUGGUGUUGACGUCGACAAACAAACCAAGGCAGGAUUCUCUGCCCUGUACCUGGCUGGUCAACAGGGACAUCUAGAUGUCGUAGAGAUGCUGUUGAACGCGGGGGCGGACCCAACACUACACUCACAGCUGGGACUGACGCCCCUGGGCAUCUCCAUGUACACCAAGCAGCACAACGUGAUGGUAGCCAUCUUGUCCAACACCCCUGGCACCCAGCCCAUCAGUAUCAAGGGGACCUUCUUCCAGAAGAGGGAGCGUGUCAAGAGGGAGAAGAGGACUGUCUGUGUCAUCACCUAACUCUUUCAUGUCUAUGUCAGUUCUUGCGUAAAGGAUUCUAUUUGAAUAUAUACUGAGAUAUAUCAGUAAUGCCAAAUGUUCUGCGUGCACAAACAAAGCCAGGGACAAGAGUCAGAAUAUACACCAGCUCCCUAUUGCUUAUUGAGGCGACGUAAUUCAACGGCGGAUCAAGCAUUUUUGAAACGGAGGUGUAAAAAAAUAUCAAAAUCCUCUGUCAAUUUUCCUGUCUACAACAUACUAUAUUUGGUUUUUAAAAGACAGAGUGUCCGGACCCACUGGACCCCCCUCUCGGCCAAAUUCAUUUGUCCAACUGUUCAGGCUCUGUGACUUGGUGUCAUCGUGACCCGAUGGUCUGGAGCGUUGCUCAUGUUUUCAGUGACUGGUUUGACUGGUUCAGACUCAAGGAUCUAUAGGCCACCCUGCUGGAAUAUCUGUGACGGCUAAACAACACUCACGCAUUCACACCUUGCACAAGCAUCCUCACUGCAAAUACGCUGAUACACUUGCAAAGAAUGUUUGAAUUCGAAAUCUGUGUAGGGAACACCGGGUUGUAUUUAUGUGAAAAAAUCUGCAUCAAAGCUUGAAUGAGGUGUCGACCCCUUCUGGUACACAGAUGCCGAACCCAGUUAUGUUUUAUUCAGAUGAUGCAGUGCAGUACGAGGAUGCCAGGAACUGUUUGGUGGUAUGCGGAUAUUUCAAUGUUUAAAUUAAUUUUCAUCUGUUUUUGUUGCAAAGAGUGACAAAUCAAUAAAAUAUUUAGCUCUAAACUUUUCAGCACGCAUGGUCAUGCUUUCUAUGUGAAAGUUGCAGUCUAAUUUACCAGCUGUGUGUACACUGAUAUGACUGAAGAGUUCUUAAUUCGAGGCAAAUAAAGUGGUAUGCGUACAGGGGGGUGCACGCACCCUCUUGAAUAUUAUGAAAAUUGGUAAAUUUUGAUAAAUAUGUUUGCCCUUCAUGUUACAUGUACUUCAUGCUCUGUAUUUCCAGUGCUCACAUUUCAGUAAACCUACACUAACCACUAACCCCUGCAUCCUUUCCUGUGGUUCUUGUUAUCUCAGAUUACCCAUCCUUGAUUUUCAUUAGCAUUUUACCAAUCAAAUGUCGAAAUAAGGAAAAAGGCAAUGGGUAAGGCAGGUGGACAUGAAGACAUCCUUUCCAUCAAGAAUUUUUGACAGCUUUCUUUUGCAUGUCAGUACAUUUUUGGAAUGUUGACUUUCGCCCAAAAACUCUAUCAUAAUCAAUGGGACUGGCUGUCAUGAUUGUUGAUAUUGUCAACCUACAUUGAGGCUGGUUUGAAACUCGCAUUGUGAUUGGUCUUUUAGACUGCAUAGCAUAGCAAAUCAAAGGGGGGUAAUUUGAGAUCGCGCAAACCAGGGAAUGGAUGCAGGUAGUCUGUCUUACAGACCCUGAUACAAAUAUAUCAAAUACAGCCCAUGCAAGUCUAUAAUGUUUGGCAAAUCUAGAUUUCUGCAGUAUCUGAAAAUGAAGAGAGUCUCUGGGGUCCUUUU